CAAACCUUGUGGCCUUUUAUCUGAAACUUGUCCAAGCUUCGUGCACUGGCACCCUCGCGUAUGUCCUGGAUGUGAAUCGACCUCAGCCACUCCACAUCGUCCACAUCGCCAAUCUCAAGCAUCAAGCAUGAACUACGCUGUACAGUCUCAGCCACGGCGUCCCCGCCACAAUGAGGGGAUCAGAAAUUUCACUGAUGGGCUCUCGAGCAUGCCUGUAGCAUCUUUGAGCAGGCCUGUUGAGGUCGAAGGCCUGAACAUAGCCAUCGAACACUGUGAAUACGUCGGUUCAUACAACUGGCUCGACUUAAAGACACCAUCUAUCCUUGUCCCUGGCUCUCCGCGAAUGUGGCGGGACAAGGCCUUGCCUUUCGAGAUCCCGCCCGAUCAGGGAAGAUUGCUAGUGUACGAGGACGGCUUCCGUAUGCCCGCGUAUCCGCGUCUUCCGAUGCUCAAAGCGGUGGACGUGAUGACGGAAGCGACAGGAAGACAUCUCCGGUGGCCAGAUAUCGACUUCAUCACCGACCGCAACUUUCUACGCAAGCUGUUACUCUGGGCCGGUGGGGGAGGAUCGGGUCGUAACGAUGCAUUCCGGAUAGACCUCCAGCUAUUCGGAGAGCGCACUGUACUUCUCAACCGCUACGACGAAAGGACGUGGUUGAAUAUCAAUCCGAAACAAGGUAGCUACGGGCGUAACUUCGAGGAGCACACGACUACAGCUGCUCCAGGAUGUGAGCGGGGCGGUUCCCAUAAUAGAGUCGUCCAAUAUAAGUUUGGCGGUUUAUCCAUGCUGGUUGUGUUCGAAGUGGACGCCUACCUCUCGCCCGAGAAUGAGGCGUCGUCUUCGAAUGCUCCGCCAUCUUCUUCAGAGAUCCCCGUGCAAAACCCCACCGCUCCUUCGAAAUCUCCUCAGGAGCGCCGACAGAGAUCGUCGCAGGAGCAAUCUGAACUAUCCGAGCCGACAUUGAAUAUCAUUCGUGCGGGCACAGAAGUGCCGCAGAGCUCGCUCAUCGAGCUCAAAACUUCCAUCAGACCCCUCUCAAAGAAGUGGAACAACGCCUAUCCUCAGCUCCUCUUCUCCCAGACACCUCACAUUUUCUUUGCCGAACACAAGAACGGCAAGUUCACAUCGAUGGCGCGACAUCAGCUGGGUGCGCCAGAUAUGCAAGAGAUCGACAGAGGCGCAGAGCCUCGCUUGAAGAAGCUGAGGAGUCUUCUUCGGGACAUACAAGAGCUGGCUGUACGCGGUGGCAAGACAGGGCGCCUGACUUUGCUGCAGCGGAAUGGGAAGAUGGAGGUUUAUGAGAGAACGAGCGAUGCGAGUUUCUUACCCGAAAGUAUAUCGCAGCGAUUCGAUCCACUUUGAAAGGUAUUUACAUUGUAUCCUGCCUAAAUGUCCUUCACAUCGCUGUCUGGGAGGGCUGGGAAUAUCUUCAUGACAAGGAUCUCGUUCGAUGGCUGCUAGGUUGUAAUGCUGGUUUCUGCGGCGGCCGUCAGCUGAUACCACGCAUUGCAAGCUUGCACAUUGUUUCGUGCUGAUACUGUUGAACGUACAUCCGCGUUGGCUAUGUGUACAAUACUGACCACAUUGUAACACGUCUAUUCUCAUCGAUGAUAUUGAUCGCGAAC